AUGUCAGGUCGCCCACAUCGCAGGCGACGAACUGAGGUUGCCUGCCGGUGUGUGCACGAUGUCAGCAUAGGAGGAGAGAAUGCAGGUAUCAGCAGCCUACAGAGUCUGGUAUCCGACGCCCAAAGGCUAAGAGACAAGCAGGACUUAGCUCGCCGGAUUGAGAUGCUGGAGGAUAAAGUCGGUCAUGGAACUGGAUCGCAAACACAUUCACCAGGUUCGUCAGUAGGGAAAACAGUGAGCGAAAUUACUAGUGUUGAUGAGCUUGCCACACAUGCAUUCUCUGAGACGUCUCUUGGCCAUGUCUACUUUGGGUCUAGUUCAAACUACGCCAUGUUUAGGCUUAUCUCAAACGCAUUCGCUGAAAGCGCUCUCCUGCACCUCACGCUAAGCAGUCAUACAUCUACCGCUAUUCAAAGCUGCAGCAUAACAGAAGGGAAAACGAAUCGCUUUUCAACAACAAUCGGUGCCAUUCUUCCAUAUGUCAACUGUGAGGCUUUGUUAAAAACCUAUGAGAAAGCGCUUCUUGAAAGGCCCCCAAGGUUCCAAAGGGUCUUUUUGGCUCUUCUGAAUGUGGUUUGGGCACAUGCAUCUGCGUCCUUACAGCUUCCGGAGGCAGAGGUAUUCUACAGCCAUUGCGCAGGUCUUCUCGACCAGCGAACACUGGAGAGACCAACUUUAGAGCUAGUCCAGACAUUACUGUUAAAGUCUCUUUACGAGCAGAACCAUCAGAGGUCUACAUUGAGUUAUACAACCCAUACAAACUGUGUUAGAGCGUCAUUGCAGAUAGGCUUUCGUUGUGCCUCUGUUCGGAGUGCUGAUGGAUAUACACUUGGCAGCUUGCAUCAAAGGUUGUGGCUAGGGGUUUUGAACAAUGAUAUAACCUCUAACACAAUCCUGGAUGGUAUAAUCGAAAGAUUGUAUGAUCAAAAUUUGGACUCGGGCCAUCCUCUCAAUAUACAGACAAUCAUUGACAAGCGUGACAACCUACACUUCCACCUCGAACAAUGGGCUGACAGUCUUCCUGAGUGCAUUUCCCUGCUCCCGAGUGAAGAGUCCCUAGAACAAUCAGUGGUCCUAGAUGCUCGCUGGGCCGUACGAGUACUUCUAUGCAUACAAUGCCAUAGGCUGGAAUUGACCAUGAACUUUCCUCUAACGAUGAAACUCUUAGAGCCCUACUCAAUAAAAUUACUUGGAAACCGUACUCGGAAAAUUAUUCAGCGCGGUUGCUCCCAGAUCCUCCAGGAUGACUGGCUGGCAAUACAAGAAGUGCAGCGUUUGAUAUCCCAUAUUUCCACCCUACAGGGUUUUAUAGACCUGUAUGCAUCAUGGUAUACAUGCAACUACACAAUAUUCACAGCCAUCCUCCACUGCCUAGCACUAUUCCUCGUUCGCCAGCAAUACCCCUUAGAAUCGGAGCCGACGCCAACCCAGAUCCGCCAGGAAAUAGAAGCAUGUCUCUCCACCAUGAGAAAUAUCAGUAGAGGAAGCAUUGUGAAUCAAAAGGCGGAUUACUGUAUUCAAAGGUUAUCUGUGGUGUUCGACGCCCUGGUCAAUCAGCCACAGGAGGAUACAAGUAACCCGUUAGACACAUUGACUACCGAAUUUAUUUUCCAACAUAUCAAGCUCCCAACAGAGGAGUUUCUCAACCAAUGUAGUCGGCACGAAGAGUCAGAGCAGGCGCAAUUGUUUUUGGAUAUCUUCUCGAGCAUUCCGCUUUGUGAAUGA